GUGUCUCCUCGAAAUGGCUGUUCGCUACUCGAAGGUGACAGCUGCAGUCGCCGCCGCAUGUCUCGUCCUUGGAGUGACUCAGAUGUCUCAAAGGUCUUCUCCUUCCGUCCUCAAGCAGGACAAGGCCUCUGGCCAUCAGGGAGUCACCUACCAGCCGCUCCCCAAGUUCUCUCCCAUCGGCACUGAUGCUGCCUUCAUGGGCAAGGGUGAUGGCGAGGGCACCAGCGUUGCUGACAGGGCCAAGUUCCAGAUGCUUCCUGCCAUCAACAUCAAGAACAUCAAGAACAUGAACAUCGCUCAAUGCAAGGCCUGGGGAAGGCAAUUCGCCAAGGCUCGCAUGCACAGCCUCAAGGACAAGGUUGGAACCCCAAGUGACCGCCGCAUCGCUGCUCACUGCAGCCAGCUCAUCCACAAGCAGAUCGCUGACACCAAGGAUGCUAUCGAGAAGAGGGAUGCUGCCUUGAAGAAGUACUACAAGCCUCACUCCGCUGCCAAGGCCCCCGUCCAGAAGGCUGACAUCAAGAAGGCCCCAGUCGCUGUUGCUGCUGCUAAGACUCAGGUCAAGGCUCUCAAGUCGACUGUCCCCGGAUGGAAGAGGAUCGCUGGAGUUCCCAUGCACCACAAGUUCGGCUUCAACAAGAAGCUCCACAUGGGUGCCCUCGCUCAGUACAAGAGGGAGGAAGUUGCCAACAAGGCCAGCAAGUCCAUGAAGUACUUCAAGAAGGUUGGACUGUACUAGACAUCCAGCCGGGAGGGAUAUACGAAGGGCCUGGGAAACUUUUGAAUCCACUUGUACGUUGCCGCAGAAUGUACAAUGGCUCCUUGAAUGAAGAACCUGUCUAGCAGCAGAAAAUUU